AUGGAGACAAAAACCAAGAAAGUGAAGUUGCAGGAACUAAGGAGACAGUUUGAGAUUCUGAUCAUGGAUGAGGGUGAAACCGUGGCAGAAUACUUGGACAAAGUACAGGAGUUGGUGAACAAAAUGAGGGCAUGCAAGGAUGCAAUUUCAUAUGAGUACAUUGUGGAUAAGAUUUUGAGAACCCUAACACCCAGAUUUGACCAUGUAGUGGUGGCUAUUGAAGAAGCUCGUAAUCUGGAGACCAUGGAGAUUGAGGAGCUUCUGCACUCAUUAGAAGCCCAUGAGUAUCACAUCAAUGAGCGCAAACAGUGUCAAGAACAGGCCCUACAGGCCAGAUCGCAGUUUAAGGGCAAGAAGGGGUUCAAGAAAGGAGGAAAAGGCAACAGGAAGUGUAAAGACUCACAGGACCAUCAAGGAGAAGAGUCUAGUGAGUCAGGAAAGAAAGGUGAAAGGGCUAAAAACAAACCCAAGAAGAGGGCAAAUCUGGCCCAAGAGGAGGAAUCAGAUUCAGAGGAAGUAAUGUUGAUGGCCAAAACCGAGGAUGAUUCAUCUGAGAAUGCUGUGUGGUACCUAGAUUCUGGGUGUUCCACCCACAUGACAGGGAGGAAGGAAUGA